UCAGAUUACGACGUAAAUAUGAACACAAGUCAAGAGUCUUGAUUUUUAAUUAAUGCCAAUUUCUAUUGAAGAAACUGCUCAAAUUUUAAAAUCAACAUCAUGAAGAUAUUGCAGUUUGUUAUCCUGCUUGCCACUAUUACAGAGAUAAAAAUGGACAUCUGCCUUCCAGGUCCGUUUCAUAAAAGAAUCUCGUCAAAGGCGACCGUAGAAUACGCAGCAUGCCAAGCCUACAGUGAAAACACUUGUUGUACUCCAGAAUUUGCGAACGAGUUCAACAGAACACGACUUCGCCUGCUUUUAGGGUUUCAUUGGGGCCACUGCAAGGAUAUUUCCAAGCAAUGCGAUGAAUAUCUCGUAAGAGCGUCUUGUACCCUCAACUGCGAACCUCGAUUGAUCCGAUGGCAAUCAAAAGUUAGUGAUCUCAGAAUAAGAAAUGUGCCAAUUUGUGGAGAUUAUUGUGAUGCUUGGUUUGAAGCCUGCAAAAAUGAGCAGACCUGUGUAGAGGAAUGGCUGGAUGACUUUGAAUUCGCUAACUCAACAUAUUCCUGUCCUAAGAAUUCAACAUGUCGUACCUUUGAGCAGUGGUACGGUAAUGGCACUGGAUUGUGUAACAAACUUUUUGGUCAAAAUUUGCGUUAUGUGGACCCGAAAUGUCCUUGCUCAAGAAUGGACGGACCAAUACCAGUUAAUGUGAAUGAAAAUUCGACUUGUACGAAAAACAGCGUUACACCAACACAAACAAUGACCUCCACAAACAACAGCGUUACAACGAUACAAUGGUCAUCCAAUUCCAUAUAUCUCACGUUUGCUUUUAUCGUGUUAAUUAAUUAACAAAUGCGAAGUAAUAUGAUAAAACAAGUUGUUUAUACACUGACUUAACAAUAAGUCGUUUACAUAUGCGGACAUCGUUUAAUGUUUCCUGCAAAUAUUUUAUGUCACAAAAUAUAUCAUCAGGCCAUUUAAAUAUAAAUUUGAUCAUAUAACUGGCAAUAAAAUUUCCAACUUGUCCUAAAGUUCUAAACCUCUAAACCUAGUUUGCAUGACAAUACAGAGGAAUUAAAUGCCAGGGGCUCCCCCUUUAGCAUAAAACUAGAAAUAUUACUAUGGAAAAGAUUGUUUGGUUAUAAAAAAUAAAUAUGUACAGCAGUCAAGGGUGGUAUAACAAAAACUGUUGCAGAAAAUA